AUGGGGAGGAUAACAGGGCCGCCGGCGCAGACAAAGGCUGCUGCUGUGACGAAGAAGAAGCCAGCGACGGCAACGGUCGAGGCGGCAGGGGCUGCGUCGAUGGUUGCGAGUGAGGCGCCAGUGGCACCUGCGACCGUGGGGCCUGAACCAAGGAUCGCGCCGACUGCAGGGCAAGCGACGGAGAUGGCCAGGGAGGGCGGCGGCGGCGGAAGGAUUGACCCUUGGCCCUUAGAUGCGGAUGAGUCCGCCCGCGGGGAGACCGAUAAAUCGGCUCACGAGGCGCAGACGAACCGACGCGUGCCUGAGAGGAGCCGCCGCCAGAAGCCGCGGCCGCAACAACAUCAGCGGCGGCUCGGAGAAGGGCUGGCACCCGCCCGACCUGGGCCCCUUGUGGGUUGGACGCAUCAGGCAGAUCCGCCCCAUGCAGUCGCCGAGGUGGAGGGCGGCGCCGACCAGUCAUCACCGCUGGAGAUCGCGGAAGAAGAGGCGGAGGCGCAAGAGGAGAGGGAGAGCGCCGCCGAAGAUGCAGAGGAGAGGAGGGCCGAGGCGAGACGCGGUCGCCACCAAGGGGGAACGAACCGGCAGCAGGCCCUGCGGGAGCAGGCCAACCGGAGAGCUGAAGGUCGACCGCCGGAAACCGUGGCGCCUGGGGCGGCAGUGCGAGGAGCGCGAGGGAGGGGCCGAGGCAGGGGAGGAGGCCUGGGAAACUUGCUACUGCCUCACGAUUCCCCUGCUGCGGCUUUCCAAGAACCCGACCUGCCAAGGAGCCUGGCGAAUGUUGCUAUUCCUGCCCCGACUCACACUGAGAGCUAA